AUGGCGCUGACGCAAGGCACCAAGAGGAAAGUCUGCUACUACUAUGACGGUGAUGUUGGAAACUAUUAUUAUGGCCAAGGACAUCCAAUGAAGCCCCACAGGAUCCGGAUGACUCACAACCUUCUGCUGAACUAUGGCCUCUACAGGAAGAUGGAGAUAUAUCGCCCUCACAAGGCAAAUGCAGAGGAGAUGACCAAGUACCACAGUGAUGACUACAUCAAAUUUCUGAGGUCUAUCCGCCCUGACAACAUGUCUGAGUACAGCAAGCAGAUGCAGAGAUUUAAUGUUGGGGAAGACUGCCCUGUGUUUGAUGGGUUGUUUGAGUUUUGUCAGCUCUCUGCUGGAGGCUCUGUUGCCAGUGCUGUGAAGCUGAACAAGCAGCAGACAGAUAUUGCUGUGAACUGGGCAGGAGGCCUUCACCAUGCAAAGAAGUCAGAGGCCUCUGGCUUCUGUUAUGUCAACGAUAUCGUCCUGGCUAUCUUGGAGCUCCUCAAGUAUCACCAGAGAGUGCUGUACAUUGACAUUGACAUUCACCAUGGAGAUGGUGUGGAGGAAGCCUUUUACACCACAGACCGUGUCAUGACGGUGUCCUUUCAUAAGUAUGGAGAAUACUUCCCAGGAACAGGGGACCUGAGGGACAUUGGUGCAGGCAAGGGCAAGUACUAUGCUGUCAACUAUCCUCUGCGGGACGGCAUCGACGAUGAGUCCUAUGAAGCAAUAUUCAAGCCUGUGAUCUCUAAAGUGAUGGAGACAUUCCAGCCCAGUGCAGUUGUCCUGCAGUGUGGGUCAGAUUCUCUCUCAGGGGACAGGCUGGGGUGUUUUAAUCUGACCAUCAAAGGCCAUGCCAAGUGUGUGGAGUUUGUCAAAAGCUUUAACCUGCCUAUGCUGAUGCUGGGAGGAGGUGGCUACACCAUCCGCAACGUGGCUCGCUGCUGGACCUAUGAGACUGCUGUGGCUCUGGACACUGAAAUUCCCAAUGAACUUCCAUACAACGACUAUUUCGAGUACUUUGGACCAGACUUCAAGCUCCACAUCAGUCCCUCCAACAUGACUAACCAGAACACCAACGAGUAUCUGGAGAAGAUCAAGCAGCGUCUCUUUGAGAACCUGCGCAUGCUGCCUCACGCCCCCGGGGUCCAGAUGCAGCCCAUUCCUGAGGAUGCUGUUCAGGAAGACAGUGGAGAUGAAGAGGAAGAAGAUCCUGAGAAACGCAUUUCAAUCCGCAACUCUGAUAAGAGAAUCUCCUGUGAUGAAGAAUUCUCUGACUCGGAGGACGAGGGGGAAGGAGGCCGCAAAAACGUCGCCAACUUCAAGAAAGCAAAGCGUGUGAAAACAGAGGAGGAAAAGGAGGAAGAGGAGAAGAAAGAAGAGAAAGAAGAGGAAAAACCAAAAGAAGAGAAAGCAGAACCCAAAGGGGUGAAGGAAGAGACAAAAUCCACCUAAGAGGACUGCAGCUGGACAGUUGC